AUGGCGACGCCGCGUACGUCUUCGUCGGGAUUCACCUGCUUAUGCUUGGCUUUGCAGCGAUCAGCUUCCGAAAAGGAAAGUGAGAUGGGCCUGUUCGUGGUGACUCAUGCCUCAUUGAAUGUACCAUGCAAUACAGUCGAGGAGUUCAAGGCCAAAUACGUGCAGCAAGAGCUGUUGCAUGAUGGCGGCUUUGGACGCGUCUACAGCUGUGUCCGUCGCUCGGACAACUUGCCCUGCGUCGUAAAAGUUGUCUCUUUCCAGAUGUAUGACAUCUUCUGGCGAGAUACGCCCUAUGAAGAUGACAUGUACAUUGUCAUGCUGCGCUACGAAACCGAUCUGCUCGAGUUGGUUGUGCAGCCACCCGCAGAGCGAGGGCCAUUGAGAAAGAGCGAAAAGCAGCGCGUUUUUCUGCGCACCGUUUUGGCGGUGCAAAUUUUGCACGAAAACGCCAUUAUCCACCGCGAUCUCAAGCUGGAAAACAUCCUGCUCAAGCAAGCAAACGACAUGGAUACGGCUGUGCUUGCCGACUUUGGUUGCGCUCGCGUUGUGCCGCCCGAUCUGGGCAGCUUCUCCACGCGUAUUGGCACAACGGCCUUUUGGGCGCCAGAGAUGGUGAGCGGCAUCGACAGCUAUACACAUAAGGUGGACAUCUGGAUGCUGGGUUGCCUGCUAUAUACCCUGUGGACUGGCAGCUUCCCUUUUGGUCGGCCUGAGCAUCCUCGCUGGCGUGCCAACGUCAUCACGGCUAGCUGGCCCAAGACCUUGAUAGAUGAUGCCCACGUCUUGGACCUUAUCACCCACUGCCUGUUGGUGGACCCAGAGCAACGGCCCGACAUUGGCCGCAUUCGCACGCACAGCUUCUUUGUGAACAAUUACGACUAG